AUGAAAACUAAUAAAAAAAUUAAAAUUGUAAAUAUCUCAAAACAUACUUGUAUAAAUAAAAAAUCACAAAAUUUAGAACAUAUAAAAACUAAAAAAAAAAUAAAAGCAAAAGACGAUUCUACUAUUUUUCAAACUGUUAAAAUUACAGAAUUGCAAAAACCUAAAAAGCAAAAACAAAAAAGUGCAGAAAAAACAGAAAACUUAAAGAUAUAUGAAAACAUAAAAGAAAGCAAUAAAAAUGUAGAGUUAAAUAACGAAAUUACAUCAUGUUCUGAUUCAGAAAACUAUAAUUUCAAUAAUAAAGAAAAUAAUAUUGAUCCAUUCUAUCAUCAUUAUCAGUUUCCAGAUGAAAUUAAAUUAAAAUCAUUUAUAGAAAAAGCAAAUGAAAAUAAAUGGAUAACAAAAAAAACAAAAAUAGCAGAGUUUGAAGAAUUAAUCCAAUAUAAGCUUUCAGAAACAAGUAAUUUUGGAAUUGAACUUAAAAUUAUAAAUUCGAACAUUAGUAAUUUGAAGCUGAAAAAAAAAUUAAAAGAAUCAUUUUUUAAGCAUCAAGCGAUAUAUCAUACAUUAAAUUCUUUAACCAAUAUACAACACAUUUUGGCAGCUCCUAUAUUUUCAUACCAAGAUUUCCUAUUUACUUAUUUAAAUUAUAAUAAUAAAAAAGAAAUAAGGGCGUUAUACAUCUUACAUGUUCUAAACCACAUAUAUAAAACUAGACAUUAUGUAUUGAAAAAUAAUGAAAAAAUACAACGUUUUCAAAACUCCCAAAUAGAAUAUAGAGAUCAAGGAUUUACAAGACCUAAAAUUUUAAUUUUACUUUCAACGAAAAAUUCAUGUCUCGAAGUUGUACAAACUAUUAUUGAUAUAUCUGGAACAGAACAACAAGAAAACAAAAAACGUUUCAUUAACGAAUAUUCUAUAGAUAUAGACAAUAUAAAUAUGUCUAAACCGGCUGAUUACAAAAAUUUGUUUAUUGGAAAUACUGAUGAUAUGUUUCGAAUAGGAAUAAAAAUUACUAGAAAAACAUUAAAAAUUUUCUCAGAUUUCUAUAAUUCGGAUAUAAUUUUAGCUAGUCCACUAGGAUUGCGAUUGUUAAUAGAUGAAAAAGGCAAAAAAAAAAACAGAGAUUAUUUAUCAUCGAUUGAAAUAACGAUUGUUGACAAUGCAAAUGCUUUACAAAUGCAAAACUGGGAACACGUUUCAUACAUUUUUGAUAAUUUAAAUUUAUUACCUAACGAAAUUCAUGAAUGUGAUUUUAGUAGAGUUAGAAAUUGGUAUCUGGAUGAAAAUUCUCGAUUCUUACGUCAAACACUUAUUUUUUCAGAAUAUAUGACUCCCGAAAUAAACUCAUUAUUUAUGAAUUCUCUUUUUAAUAUUAGUGGAAAAAAUAAAAUUAAACAAACUUAUAAAGGAUCUAUCGAAGAUGUAAAGUACAAAAUACAACAGAUAUUUUUACGAUUACAUCCAUCUGAUCCAUGUGCUGAUCCAGAUAUAAAAUUCUUAUAUUUCAAAACAUCAAUAUUACCAAACAUCAUACGAUCAAAAGAAAAUGGAUUUAUUAUUUUUAUAUCUUCUUACUUUGAUUUUGUAAGGAUAAGAAAUUACUUAAGCAAAGAAGAAACAUCCUUUACUUUUAUAUCUGAAUAUUCUUCCAAUUCCGAUGUAUCAAAAGCAAGAUCAUAUUUUAAUACAAAAAAUAAAAAAAUUUUAUUAUAUACAGAACGUGCACAUUAUUAUCGAAGAUACAAUAUAAAAGGUGCCAAUACUAUCAUAUUUUAUUCAUUACCGGAAAAUCCUUUAUUUUAUCCGGAAUUAAUCGGAUUUAUAAAUGAUACAAAUGAAAACGGAAACUGCAAUAAGCAAAGCAAAGCACUAUUUUCAAAAUGGGAUGCUUUGAAAUUAGAAAGAAUUGUUGGAUCAAAAAGAGUUAGUUUAAUGUGUCAUGGAACUAAUGAUAUAUUUGAAUUCCUAUAA